AUGCGAAACACUUACGUUGGAGUAAGUGCUAUAGUGGCUGGUUGGGGUGCUACUGCUGAAACAGGAAAUUGGUCAUGUAGUCUUCGUGAAGCGGACCUGCCAGUUCUUAGUAACGAAAUCUGCAAGAAAACAAACUAUAAUGCAUCUAAGAUCAAAGAUGUUAUGAUGUGUGCAGGAUAUCCCGCUACUGCUCAUAAAGAUGCGUGUACUGGUGACAGCGGGGGUCCUCUUGUAACAGAAAAUUCUGAACACGCAUAUGAAUUAAUUGGUUGUGGAGUCCGAAAUGAAGCAUCCCGAAUCAUAGGUGGUGUAGAAACAGCAGUGAACGAGUUUCCUUGGAUAGCACGUCUUUCUUACUUCAACAAAUUCUACUGUGGUGGCAUGUUAAUCAAUGAUAGAUACAUCUUAACUGCCGCUCACUGUGUCAAAGGAUUCAUGUGGUUCAUGAUCAAAGUGAAUUUGGGCGAACACGAGCGUUGCAAUAAAACUGUUCGUCCAGUCACUAGAUUCGUCUCAGAAAUGGUGUCGAACGAUUUCACCUUCGUUACUUUUAAACACGACAUUGCUCUUUUGAAAAUGAAUGAACGAGUUAUUAUUACCGAUGAGGUGAAACCAAUCUGUCUGCCGCAUACUGAUGAAUGUACUUUUACUGGCGUAAAAGCGAUAGCAAUAGGCUGGGGUUCGGUGUCCGAAGAAAGGAAUCAUUCGUGUCGUCUUAUGGAAGUGGAAGUGCCUGUGCUCAGUAACGAGGCGUGUAAAAGUACAAAUUAUGAUUCAAAAAUGAUCGCUGACAGCAUGCUGUGUGCUGGUUACCCAAAGAAAGGCGGAAAAGACGCCUGUCAGGGUGAUAGCGGAGGUCCACUUUGCGCAGAAAGAAAGGACAAACAGUAUGAAUUAUUAGGAGUUGUAUCGUGGGGCGUAGGCUGUGGCCGGCCUGGCUACCCUGGCGUUUACACUAGGGUAACUAAAUAUUUAAAAUGGAUCAAAGACAACGCAUAUCAAGGCUGCUAUUGUACUAAUUGA